AUGAUGAGAAGCUCAACUGUUCUGUUAACGCUAAAGAUUCUGCUGCAAGCAUUGCCCUUCUUGGCUGAUACUUUAGAGACAAUUCACCAUUUUAGUCUAUUAGAAGAAGAAAAUACACGAUGUCAACUAGAGACAACAUCUUUCAGCAAUCAGUCCCCUACAUGGUACCACAGCAGUGUAGAUAGCCAAGGGCGGUAUACAUUUUCAUGGCGGGUAGAAUAUGACGACAGCGAAAUUUCUAGUGAUGCAAUCCGCGGUCACGAACAAUAUCCAGAAGACUGGGAAUCGAGAGACUUUCGUAGGGCUAGGAAGGCUCGAUCUAAUAACAGUGAAUCAAGAUGGUAUAGAGAAUCAUCUGUUGAGGUGGGAAAUAGGAAAAGAAAUAGAAUGAAUCCUCGUCUAUUCACUUCAGCAUGCCUCAAAUUUGAUGAAGAUAAUGAGAAGCCUCUUAUUUUUGGAAUAGGGUUUGGUCCAUCCGAUGAACCCGUGAAUUCAGAUCUUGUUAUGCUGACUAAAUCUUCACACUGGAAAGGAUCUCGUCAGACUCUAGGACAUCCCACUGCCCGUGAGCGUAUUAAAAUAAAAAAACAUGUGGCAAUAAAGCAUGCAUCUGUUGAUGAAUUUAAUCCUUCAUUUGAUUCUUCCGCUGUUAAUGAGUGGAUACUAAUGGAGGGACGUACGGAUGAGAAAGGUGUCAUCCAACUGGUGAGGCAUGUUGAUAAAAGUGAAAGUCUCCUGACAUGUAGUUACAGUGGCCCAACUCAGGAAUCAAUUGGCCAGUUUAUUGAAGGAAACAUUAUGAACGACAAGCUAUGGGAAUCACAAAGAUCUAGUGAAGUCAUGGAAGAAGAGAAGGAAGAAAGGUUUAGGUGGAGUGCGAAAGGAGGCAUUUUUUUGCUUGAACAGGAACAGACAUCUCAUAUAUUCUUCUUGUCGAGCUUCCAAUCCCUAUUAUCUCAACAUGAAAUCGGGGAUCACUCAUUUAGGCCGGAUUAUCUGCUUUCUGGAAAGAAAACUGUGUUUGAUGUGGAUCCGAACUUUCAACUUUUGCGCGUCCAACUGCUCAAAAGCACUUGGCCCAUACCCCAAAUAGUUGAAUCUGAUGAUGUAAAAGUGUUUGAAAUGCUUGUUAAAAACGCUGGCUUUCCCCAACAUACUUCUGCUCACCGUUGCGCAUUUGAUUCGAUAAACUCUCGAACAUUCCAGUUUGUCAACCUUCUCGUGUCACGUCGACAGCUCAGUUCAGGCAGGCAUAUCCACUUUUAG